AUGGGACAGGCUGUGCUCCUGGACCCAGGCUUGGUCAACACCAGCAACUCUACCAGGCCUCCUCCCUGGCUUCCUGGCCUGAGUGUGGAACACGCCCAGGGGGCCCUGGCCACGGAGCAGAAGAAUGUGGCACUCAAGAUGGUCAGCUGCCUGGCAGGUCGCCUUUCCCAGCACCUCAUCCCCAAGGACCUGGAUGCUUUCUCACUGGACAUGGCGCCCUUCCUCAAUCCAGCGCCAACCCCGGGGUCCCAGGCCUGUGCACGCCUCUUCUCCCACAUCACCAAGGCCAACGUGUUCCCACCAAGAGCUUCGGAGMGGCGGCGGCUGCUGCUUGCAGCCCUAGCCUGCCAGGGCGUGCGCGGCUCCCGGGUGCUCAAGGCGGACGUGAAGGCUCUGGGAGCCCUGGCCUGUGACCUGCCUGGGCACUUCGUGGUGCACUCAGCUCCAGUCCUCCUCCCCUGGCUGGCAGGCUGCCCGGGGCCCCUGGACCAGGGCCAGCAGGAGGCAGCCAGAGUGGUUCUGCAAAGCGGAGGACCCCCCUACGGGCCCCCGUCGAGGUGGUCAGUCUCAACGCUGGACGCUCUGCAGGGCCUGCUAGCUGUGUUGGACCAGCCCAUCAUCCAGGACAUCCCCAAGGAUGUCCUGGCUGCUUGGCUGCUGCGCCACUCCARGGGCCCAUCCUGGCGGAGGCCAGAGCUUCCUGCCACCCUCAUGAGGCUCCGGCGGGACACACAGGAGAGGGCCUGCCCCCAGAAGCAGGAGCCCUGCCCCCCAGGCCGGAAGCCCCAGGUGGUGGAUGAAAACCUCAUCUUCUAUGAAGAGUGGGAACURGAGGCCUGUGUGGACGGUGCCCUGCUGUCUACCCACAUGGACCUUGUGAAUGCGAUCCCCUUCACCUACCAGCAGAUCCACACCCUCAAGUGCAGGCUAGACCAGACCUACCCACAAGGCUACCCUGAGUCCCUGGUCCAGCGCCUGGGCUACUUCUUCCGCUAUGUCAGCCCCGAGGACAUCCACAAGUGGAACCUGACCUCCCUGGAGACUGUGAAAGCCCUACUCAAUGUCAGCAAAGGGCAAAAAAUGGACAAGCAGGUGACUGCCCUGAUUGCCCGCUAUGUGCUGGGAGGUGGCCAGUUGGACCAGGACACCAUGGGUAGCCUGGCUGGCUUCCAUCCUUCCUACCUGUGCUUCCUCAGUGCUGAGCAGCUGCACUCUGUGCCCUCCAGGGUCAUGUGGGCCAUCAGACCCCAGGACCUGGACUCAUGUGGCCCUAGGCAGCUACAUGUCCUCUACUCCAAGGCCUGCGUGACCUUCAGGAAUAUAAGCCAGCCUGAGUACCUUGGAAGGAUCCAGGCUUUCCUGGGUGGGGCUCCCAUGGAGGACCUGAGGACACUCAUCCUGCAGAAUAUGACCAUAGACAUGGCCACAUUCAAGAAGCUACCGGUUGAGGCUGUGGUGGGUCUGACCGUGUCUGAAGUACAGAAAUUUCUGGGGCCACACGUCAGGGACUUGAAGGCUGAGGAAGAGGACAGCCCAGUGCAGGACUGGAUCUCACAGCAGCGGCAGGAGGACCUGGACAGGCUAGGGCUGGGGCUCCAGGGGGGCAUCCCCAAUGGCUACCUUGUCCUGGACCUCCGCUCCCGAGAGGCCUUCUCUGGGGCAUGCCCCCUCCAUGGACCUGGACUCUUGCUCACAUCCAUCCCAGCUGUGCUCCUGGCUUUGACCCUGAGCUGA